UACAUUGUCUCACAUUACUAGGUCAAAAAACAAAAUAAACUCGAGUAUUUGUAAUUCAGUGGCCAUUUGUCGAACGCUGAGGAGUUAUGAGGCGCAGAUUGUCCAUAUAAGCUGGGCCAACGAAUCCACAGAGGAUCGUUGGCGGCACCGAGACCACCAUCCAGCAAUACCCUGAAAUGGUGGCCUUGCUAUUCUCGUUUUUGGGCACCUCCUUCAGCCAGUCAUGCGGAGGUAGCAUUCUGAACAGCAGAGCCGUCCUUACCGCCGGUCACUGCGUUGUUGGUGAUCCGGCAUGGCGAUGGCGUUUACGUGUAGGAUCCUCCAUGCCCAAUAGCGGUGGCGUAGUUCACAACACGAACAGAAUCAUUAUCCAUCCCGGCUACACUACAAGUCUUGGCAACGACAUUGCGAUCAUUCAUUCUGCAACUCGAUUUUCCUUCAACAACGCCGUUCGUCCCGCUAUCAUUGCCGGCUCAAACUACCCAUUAGCUGAUAACCAAGUUGUUUGGGCUACUGGAUGGGGUUCUAUCUCUUUCCAUGGUCCCCUGUCACCUGUCUUGCGUCACGUGCAAGUUUACACAGUGAACCAAAACAUCUGUAGGCAGCGUUACUCGGAAAUCGGUCGUAGUAUCACCGACAACAUGUUGUGUUCUGGCGUCUUGGAUAUAGGCGGUCGCGACCAAUGCCAAGGCGACUCCGGUGGUCCCCUCUUCCACAACAGAAACGUUGUCGGUAUCUGCUCUUGGGGUGAGAGAUGCGCUUUACCUCGAUUCCCUGGUGUCAACGUGCGUGUCACCCGAUACACAGCCUGGAUCCAAGCGAAUGCUUAACUUCUGACUUCCUUAAUUAUGAUUAGUCUCUAUAUAUAAAAAUGAAUUGCUGUUCGUUAGUCUCGUUAAAACUCGAGAACGGCUGAACCGAUUUGGCUAAUUUUGAUCUUGAAUUGUUUGUGGAAGUCCAGAGAAAGUUUAAAAGGCAGAUAAAUAUGAAAAUGUUCGGAAUUAAAUAAAAAUAAUAAUUUUGUUUUUCCUUUGAUGUGUCCCCCGUCGGACCGAUUCAUUUUGUUUGUUUUAAGUUUAUUUUAUACAAAAGGUUAGGUCUUUUAUUUAUCGAUUGAGGCACUACGAAGUCUGCCGGGUCCGCUAGUUAAGUAAUAAAGUUUUCAAAAAUUAAUUGAAAAUAAACUUCUCUCCCUUUU